AUGGAUCAAAUUUCGAAGAACUCUCCAGAAUCCCAACGGCUACAGUACCUAACUCACGUUCUCAACUCGUACAAAAACAACCAGCUCGAAGUUGUACUACAAAGAGCUCUGGUACUAUGUGCUUUGUACCGUAUGCCAGAUUUUAUGGUCAAAGAUCGCUUCAAAUUGGACUAUCGCGUACUUUUGGUGCAUGUGGUCGAUAUUAUGGUAGAGUACACGCAUCGUGCCGAACACAGAAUCCACACCUUCCUCUACAAGAUCCAGUCGAGCAAGCAGUUUGAGGUGUUGAGAGCUGACAUGUUCGAGUUACAUCCUCGAUAUCAUUUGUAGGUUUAUUCAGGAUGGGGGUAGGGAUUAGGGUCAAGGGUAAGGGUAAAGUAGGGUAAGGGGUAGAGGAUUGAAAUGCGUCUUAAUUAUUAUAUUUUAGAGCUUUAAAAGAUGGUACCUCGACAUUACACGGCACAGUCAAGUAUUUAUUUGAAAACGACAUCACAAUAUGGCAUGGUGUAACAAAAAGUCUUCCAGUUUUUGAAAACUUUACACUACUGCCAUAUGAACUUCAAGUACAAGUACUGUAAGAGAAACGAACUUUAUGUCUUUAUAUAUAUAUAUUAUGUCAUUAUGACAUAUUUUUAGAGCUUUUUCCAAAAAUUUUUCGCAUAAAUUCAAACUUCAAAAAAAGACUACUGUAAAGCUAUUCAAAUUUUAAAAAAUGACAUAAUUUCCAGUGAAAACAUUCCAAGAAGCACCCUAGUUCACUGUAGACUAUUGUCUCGCGACAUGAACAACGUAGUUAAUUUCACUUUUCAAAAGAAACGACAAAAAGCCAGCAAUGAACUUGUGGAACAGAUAAGUACGAGUACAGUUGUGGAAAAACGCUUUGGACGUGAUAUGGUAGGUGUUUAGUUUUAAAAAGUAAAAAAAAGAUAAAUCAUCAAAAAAUGGUGGUAAAAUAAUGAUUUUUGACUAAAAAUGUCAUUCUUUUCACAACCCCCUCCUCUGAUUGAUUUCAAACUUUUUAUAAAGAAAUAUCAUCUAAAUAUAACCCUUCAGGAAAGCACUAAAAAUGCAAGUACCCAAGCGGCAACACGUAUUUUACCUCAAGUUAAAAAUACUACCAUAUUCUUAAUUUAUCUCCCCUUUUGAACUAAAAAACUACCCAAAAAUGAAAGAAAACUUUUAAAAAGCGGGCUGCCCAAAACCGGAAUCAAACAAAACUAGCCAAAAAACAUGUUGUAGUACAAGAAAUCCCUCGUUUUCAAACUAAAAUACAAAAAUAAUGCCUUACUUUUUUUUACAAUAAAAAUCAACUAACUAGGUAAGUACCCGACCUGCCCCACUCAGAAUCAGCACAAAAUUUUUUUAUGAAUUCUUUGUACUACCAAUGGUACCUAUCAAAAAUUUUGGCUCGCGCUUUUGAGUUUUAAAUUUAAAUUGUUUGGGUUUUCCGCAAAUUUAGGAAACUUGCCAUUGUGUUUCAAGCACUUUUUCGGCUUUCCAGACAAGAUACGCUUACAAAUUUAAAAUUUCAGGUUCAUUUGAAGCUUUUCUAUCAUAAUAUUAAAUAAAAAUAGUUAAAAGUCAAAAAAUGGGAAAGUUAAAAGCUUGAAACACUAUGCCAAUUUGGCGGGAAAUUCAAAACGCAAUUUUUUGAGCUCUAUUUUCUCAAGACUGGCCGCAAACCGCAACAGAAUUUUGCAUAAGAUCUUACAUAUACAUGAUCUUUCAAUAAAAAAAAUGAACGAAAUCUGGGCGCUGCAGGUCGGGUACCUUCCUUUUCAAUGUACUUUACUAUGUACAGUGAGUCGCGGCCGAACAGCUUCAAAAAUGCCUUCUUCUUUGGGAGUCAUUCUAGAUUCAUUUUUAAAGCUUUUGCAAUUUUUGCCUGUGUCAUAAAGAUUCUCGUGCAGAUGGUGUGUGUUGAAGAUGACGUGCAGGACAAUACAAAGCAAUAAAGCGAAGAUUGCAAUAAUAAAAUAAUUUGCUUUAUAGUGAUUUUUGAGGAGGGUACAAGUGGUUCGAAUGAUAACUGACUUUCUUGAAUAAGAUCGCGUAUCGCAUUGAAACGUGUUGGGAAAAAACAGUGGUAAAACCAAUUGGUAUAAAAAUUUUGAGCUAAUUCUAAGAAGGCUGGUUGAGUACUUUCCUUGUUAGCGUUGAAUUAAAAAAGUCGUGAAACACAGCAAUAUAGGUAUUGAAAAUUAGUCUUUUCGCAAUAAUAACAUGAAAUCCAGUAUUAUUUUCUAUUUUCCUACCUUUUUCAACUGAAAAACAAAUCAAAAAUUAAAGAAAAAUUAAAAAAAGAACAGUUUUUCAAGUCCAAAAUCGGUCAAAAACUGAUAAAAACAAAAUAGAUGCAACUCGUAUUUUACCUAAAAUUAAAAAUACUACCUUAUUCUUCACUUAUCUACCCUUUGCAACUCAAAGCCAUCCAAAAAGUAAAAGAAAACUUUAAAAAAGCAAGCUGCCCAAGACCGGAAUCGAACCGAUGUCGCCACGGCCACAACGUGGAGUACUAACCACUAUACUACUUGGGCCGGCAGCUCAUCAAACAAACGUCGGAGGGGAUUCAGAAGGGUCUCGUUUUGUUAUACCUUGUUCUACAUGUCAUCAAUUUAUCGCAAUAAUUUUUUAUUAAUAUUAGUGUGCUUACUCUGGCAUGGUGGAGGGGGGAGAUGGACUUGUAUUUCCACUUUAUGGAGGCUAUAUUGUGGAUUUACAUUUGCCGUACCAUAACCCUACCCUUGUCUUACUUUUAACUCUGUCAUUAGCCUCUUUUUAACCUACCCUCGCCUUACUUUGACCCUGCGCUUGUCUUAUCCUAGUUCAAACUUAGACCUACCCCUACACCUCCUUCUCUUCCUCUAACCAUAAGUCCCGGAGCUCCUCCGCGGAGGGGCAAAAAGCGCACAGCAAGAUACUAAUCCAAAACAUUAAAAUCAAAUUUUAAAUUUGAAAAAUUUUUCAGAUUCCAUACGUAGAAUGUCGGGUCAAAAGCCUUCGCCGCGGCAAAUGGGUUCUACCGAAAGACUACAAUUCUACUGUAACAUUGCCUAUGGAACGGGUGGUUUACAUUUUGAAGGGCUUUCGUUUCUCAAAUGAGCAGCUGGAAAGGAUCCAUCCUGAACAAAAAAAAAUGCUCAAUUUGUAA